UCAAAAUAUAUAAACAAAUCUAUAACCUCAAAAAUGAUUUUAGAGAGAAAUUUUAAGAUUUUUCGAUCUAAUUACAAGGCAGUUUUAACAAGAUGGUCUUGUGUAAAUUGCGUACGAUACAAAAGUUCAGUAGAACCAAAGACGAAGGCAUAUUCUCAUACAAUUUUAACACCUAGAACUGAUUUUCCGACGAGAUCUAACAAUUCUCAAAAAGAGGAUGUUGUAAAGAAAGCAAAGUUUGCAGAUCUAUAUCAGUGGCAACGGGCAAAUUUAACUGGCCCAGAGUUUGUAUUACACGAUGGGCCUCCCUACGCCAAUGGAGAUCUGCAUAUGGGACAUGCUGUUAAUAAAAUAAUUAAGGACAUAAACAAUCGUAGCCAGGUGCUGCAAGGCAAUAAAGUCCACUAUGUUCCCGGUUGGGACUGCCACGGACUACCCAUUGAGCUGAAAGCCUUACAGAAAGCUAAAAAGACACUGAACAAAACACAACUACAAAAUCCAGUGGUCAUCAGAGAUAUAGCAAGAAAAUUUGCCCUCGAAACUGUGGAGAAACAAAAGGCUAGUUUUAAAAGCUGGGGUGUUAUGGCUGAUUGGGAAAAUGAAUGCUAUCUGACACUCAAUAAGAGCUAUGUUCAGAAUCAACUGAGGAAGUUUUACGAGUUGUACAAAAUGGGCUUGAUUUAUAGAGCAUUGAAACCUGUGUAUUGGUCACCUUCCUCAAGAACAGCUCUAGCUGAGGCAGAAUUGGAAUAUGAUCCACAGUUCAAGAGUAAAGAAGUGUAUGUGACAUUCCCAAUAGAGAGUGUGCCUGAUGCCAUACAGAAGCUAGCUCCAGGCAAGAAACUCCAAGCUAUAAUCUGGACGACCACCCCUUGGUCGCUCGUGGGCAACAGAGCCAUCUGCUACAACAGCACCCUGUACUACAGCCUGGUUGCCCUCAGUGGGAAGAGUGAGGACACCCUGUAUGUCGUCAGCUCAGGCAGUGUGGAGCAACUAGGGGCGACCCUUGGGGUUGACGUGAGACGAGUGGCUGAGUUUUCUGGAGCGGACCUGCAAUCCACAACCUACCGCAACAAGCUGCUAUCCCGUUCCUUCCCCCUACUGCCCUCCCCCCACGUGACGGAGGGUAAGGGCACGGGGCUGGUGCACACGGCGCCCGCGCACGGACCUGAAGACUUCCUCGUGGCGAGGGAGCAUGGCGUCGACGUGGAAUGCAACGUCGACGAAGCUGGCAAAUACAACGGCCUCGACGAAUCACUGAACGGACUGUACGUCCUAACCGAAGGCCAAGACGCUGUGAUUGGUCGAAUGGGCGAUGACGUCAUACACCAGGGAACCUACGUGCAUUCCUACCCUCUUGAUUGGCGGACGAAGAAACCCGUGCUGCUUAGGGCGAGCUGUCAGUGGUUCAUUGAUACCGCUGCGUUGAAGGAUAAAGCCAUGAAAGCUCUGGACGCCAUCAGUCUCCACCCCCCCUCCACGGCGCCCCAGCACCGCGCCGGCCUCACCGCGUUGGUGCAGCGGCGCCCCUACUGGUGCAUCUCGCGGCAGCGGGCGUGGGGCGCCCCCCUGCCUGUGUUGUAUAGCGGGGGGGAGCCGCUGAUGGACCAACCUAUAAUAGAGCACAUCUGCGCCCUCAUAGAGGCUCAGGGCGCGGACGCGUGGUGGACCAGCCCAGUUGAAGACUUGCUGCCCGCUGACUAUGUCAAAGAGCAUAAUAUUGAUGUCAGCACUGUUACUAAGGGGCAGGACAUAAUGGACAUCUGGCUGGACUCGGGUCUGUCCUGGAGCACACUGCCUCGUGCAGCCCAGCUGUACGCAGAGGGAGUGGACCAGCUGACCGGCUGGUUCCAGGCGUCUCUGCUCACUGCACUGCCGCUCACUGGCAAAGCGCCGUACGAGUCAAUAUUCGUCCACGGCUUCGUAGUGGACGAGAACAAGCGUAAAAUGUCCAAGUCCAUCGGCAACGUGGUGGACCCCGCCACCAUCAUACACGGCGGGAAGAACAAAAAUACGGAUCCCGCUUACGGGGUUGAUACUCUUAGGUGGUGGGUGGCGAGUCACGCGACGCAGCACUCCCAAAUAGUUAUAAGCAAAAAGUUACUGGAUGACUGUCAGGCAGAAGUUAUCCGCAUCAGAAACAUUCUCAAGUACCUCCUCGGAGUGAUAUCCGACUUAGAACCUGACCUUUUUGAAGAAAAACCUCUUUUAAACUACUUCGACCAAUACAUGGUUAAAGAGAGCUACGAUUUCUUAGCCAAUAUCAACGAUAACUAUAACAAUUAUAGGUACAAUCAAGUUACAAAAUCAAUUUUGUACUUCAUAAGUAAUAAGGUUUCAGGCCUGUAUUGUCAUUGUAUUAAAGAUAGACUUUAUUGUUCACCAAAGGAGUCGAACGAAAGGAUCUCAGCCCAGUUGACUGUUCACACAAUUUUGACCGUUCUGGCUAAAAGUUUAGGGCCUAUUUUGCCACAUUUGGUAGAAGAAGCAUGGCAAUACCAUCCUUUGGGGCAGGAUCCGUUCUUCUUUGCGCAAAAUCUACCGGUUUUGGCGUACCAAAACGUUGAUUCAAAAUUAAUGGAUAAGGUUUUGGAUAUCAAAAGGGAUCUCUGUGUUGAAGCUAAGAACGAAACUUUACGGAAACUUGUAGCGUUGGUCAAGGUGAAUUCGACCUUAUAUGCAGAGUUGUCCAGAUUGAAUAGAACAGACGGUAUAAAUGACAGUGUUUUGUGUGAAAUUCUAGAAGUUUCCUCUGUACAUUUGGAGCAAGUUGAUAAUUUAGACAAAGAGUUUGAAGUAGAAAUUAGCGUAAGUCAAAAGAGUCAAUGCUUGCGAUGCAGAAAGUAUAAUGCUUUGGACUGUAGUGAUAAGUGCUUGCGAUGUGAAAAUGUACUUAUUAAUGUUAUUUAAGUAGACUGAAUGAGUCCUUAUUGUAAAUUAGAUAAAAUAGUAAGUAGGUAUAUUAUUAUGAUUAUCGUUCGUUGAAUAAAUGUUAUUUAUCA